AUGGGUGGAAGCGAUCAUCAUGAGCCGUUCAAAGUUCCAGACUAUAAAGUAUAUGAUAACUGGAGGCAGUAUCCGGAGCUAGUACAACAUCAGGAACGAUUGGCACGACUUGGAUUGAAAGACCCAUGGAUAAGGAAUUAUGUCUGGAUUUUUGACAGAAGAAACCUCACACAGUGGCAGUUACUAAGAAAAUCGGUUUUUGGAGGAUUCGGAGUUGGUAUCUGCUAUGCGGUAGUAGGUGUUUUGUUGACAGAGGGGGUUUUGUGGUGGAAACAACAAAAGCGCCUCAAAGCCAAGGCAGUCAACCACUCCGAGUAG